AUGAAAAUCAAGUUUCUUGUCUUCAUGUUUUUUCUUUGUACACUAAUUCUUAUUUCUACUGUGGAAGUUGAGACCUUCAAAGGUUGGAACCAAUUUGGUGCAAUUGAAGAAACCAAAACAAAAUAUGGAAUAGAUAGUUGGAGAGACUGGGGAGGCUCCUUUUGGGGAGAUGAAGAAGUGGAUACUGGUGGAGGAGACAAAGAUGGUGGAUAUGGAAGAGGUGAAAAGGGAAAAAAAGAAUCUAAAAAUGGAAAAGAUGAUUGGAGAGAUUGGGGAGGAUCUUUCUGGGGAGAUGAAGAAGGGAAUGGUGGUGAGAGAGGUAAAAAAGGUGGACAAGAAAGGGGUGAAAAGGGAAAAGGUGAGAUAAAUCAAAGUGGAAUAGACAAUGAAAGAGGAUACAAUGGUGGAAAUUAA